AUGUCUUCUGCCUCGCUCAUUGUCCCAUUGGCUCUUUGGAACCACCUGCCAAACGUGCAGGUGACUACAGUUGCUUAUAAGGAUGGACAUGUGGUUACAGGGUUAAAAAAUGGGCAUAUUUGGAUUUAUCGAUGCCGGGUUAACGGGGAGAAGAAUGAACUUGAGCUGGAACACAAAAUUCUCUGCAUUGGUCACAAGUCCGCUGUCGCUGCACUAACAAUAGUUGAGAGUCAAACAGAUGGAAGUACUGGCAAUGAUCAUGUUGUGAUUAGCGCUUCGCAGGACGGAGAAAUAAUCAAGUGGUGUUUAGUGGAUGGACGAUGUCUUCUAAGUUGCUCGCGUGGUUUUGAUGGUAUACCGAAAAGUUUAAAACCUCUGGCAGGAUCUGCACAGCCAGCAAAGUUUCUUUUAUGUUCUGGAUUUUCAAAUGAAAUUAUUAUUUUGGAUUGUUUGACAUUAGAGGUUGUUCGAGUAUGGGCCGGUCACAAUGACUGGGUAACUUGUACACCCUUCUACGACUCGGACGCACGUCAAGUUCGACUACUAACUGCAAACUUUAACGGAAAACUACUUAUCUGGACAUUCGACGAACUAAAGAAAACGAUAAUCAAAUCUUACGAAUAUGUCGGAAACUUGGACGUGUAUGGUGACAAAAUUUUGGAAUUGAUUAGUAAUCCGUAUGAUGUUGGUGUCGUGUUUGCAGUGUCUAAGAAGAUUGUAACUCUAUUUACAAUACGAAGCGACAAAGUGCUUAAUAUGCAAUUCAUUACAUGUCCAAAAGAAGGUGAAAUUUGGAUGAGCGGCGCGUUUCUUUCCAAAACACGCGUGUUGCUAUGGACAAAGACAGGCGAGGCCUAUUUAUAUCUAUUACCAUCACACAGUGAUCGAAAAAGUUACCAAGAGUUUGGGUCGGGUCAUCAUGCUUUGUUAUCACGAUCAAGCUUGAAUGUCUCAGUUCGCCGCUCGUCGUUACCGCCGAAUGAUAAUCAUGAUGUUAUUUUACCUCCAGUUUCGUCAAGGCCAGUGCUACUGGAAUCUCUGCAUCACCAUCAUGAUGAUCCUGAUACACACACAGCAAUGACGACGGUAUUCAUGCCAACUACCCUUGAAGAAAACUCAAAUAAUUGGUAUUUAAUCAGUUUUCGUAAUCGGACAGACGGGCCGGCAUAUGCUUGGAAGCUACUGCCUAUGAAUCAACUAGAACAAUCUAAGGCAACUGAAACAGAAUGGUCUCGAGAGAAAAAUAUCUCCAAUUUAUGGCCACUAGAUAAUCAAAAUAAUUCUUCAUCAAAAGUAACCAUAACAGCUAGUGUAUAUGAUGACCAAAUUGCUUUUGGAUAUGAAAACGGAGAAAUAAAGCUUAUUCCUAGUUACCUUGUAUUCACACAACCAAUUGACCAAGACACCCAAGAAAUUCAAACACUUAGUGGUCACACGGGUUGUGUAACUUGUUUAUAUUCACCGAAUAUGAGUAUUUUUGGAAAGAAGUAUUUGAUUUCGGGUGGUGAGGAUUGUUCAGUGCGCAUUUGGAGUCUGGAAAAUGGUAAACGUCUGGCGACAUUUACUGCCCAUUCGCAACCGGUCAGAAAAAUUCUUGAACCACCUGCAGACGUCGGUAUUCGAAUCCGGGGUUGUGUUAUUUCAGUGGGAAAAGAUAAUUCGCUAGCGAUUAUCUCAUUGGAGAAAAUGGAUUGUCUGUAUGUCUUUAGUGGUUAUCUAUAUCCUAUAAUGGGAAUACAGUGGCGUCCGACCGAAGAUUCUAUUUUACUCUCAUAUGGUGAUGAAACAGUUCACGUUUGGCAGUUGCAAUCAGCUUUUCUUGUUCGUAUUGUCAAAGGGUCAACUGCACGAGAUAUGAUAAGUGAUAAACAAUGGAAAAUAAGUCGAAUAACUUUGACCGAUUCUGCAAAACACGCCUACCACAAGGGCAAGACUUUCAAUUCAUUCGCGAUAGACUCUCACGAGAACCCGAAUUCUACUCCUCACAUUUUCAUGAUUAAUAUAAGACAACUCAUCAAUGAUAUUUAUCAUUAUCACGUAUCUGCGUUGGGAUCAUUCUCGCAUAACAAAACAAAUGGCGCUACGAAUGAACUAGGCGUCGGGAUAAAUGGAAACGACGACCUUGACGAGAAGUCUUUAUCUUCACAGCAAUCUAAAGUUUUUUCAUGGACUACUUCGACCAAUACUGCGACGACAACACAAAUUUCUAACGGGACACAAUCUUCGGAUUCGUUGUCAGAGCAACCGCCGCAAGCGACAGAGAGCGUAGCUUUGGGGGCGAACGUUGUGCAAGGACUAGUCUCGGCAUUGAUGUCUUGGGAUAUUAAUCCCUCGUUAGAUAGUAUAUGUAUCCAACGAUUGGGACUAAGAAAGCCUGUUGAUAGUAUUACUUUCGGAUUAAGAGGGGCAAAUGGAAAUUUGUCAAUUGCUGCUCCUUCUAGGCACCGAAUAUUACUGUGGCAAAUAUCUUCGAAUAUGACGGCUACAUAUCUGUUGGCGAUUGUCGGGUUGAUCCGGUCGUUUCUUUCUAUGAAAGGUGGUCUUAGAAAUUUACGAUUAGAGAAAUAUGCAAGUGAUAUAUUAACACAUUACGGGUACUCCCUGCCAGAGCUUGUGGGAAAGGGAUUUUGCCAUGCAUCCUUAUAUUUUCUUUCCAAAUAUUUUCAAGAUUCUUCAGCAGACCUACAACUUGCAGCACGAACAUUAUUUUCGUCGUCACUAAAUAGCAUGCGACAAGAAGAUCAACAAGCAAUAAUAGAUUUCUGGAAACAAUUUUUACCAGCAGUAUCUUCACCUGACUCAUACACUAAUCAAUACAUGGCAAGAGCCACGAUAUUACUGGCAAUGAUAGGUGUAGAUAAUCCGAAUAUUUUGCCGAAAAAGAUUGCAAAAAACGUAGCCAUGUCGUUGACUUUACUACUUAAUGAUGAAUCUAAACCGGCACAUCGCUUAGCAGCACUGGAGUUAUGUGGGAGAGGAUUCGCGUCAUGGGAGCCUCAUAUCCUUUUCUAA